UGGCCUUUUGCAUACAGCCAGGCGUAGUUCUAAGAGACUAACGGGAAGGAUGCUGCAGACUGAUAACUCGAGAGGUGGGGUCGGAGUUGGAUCCUGUAAGAAAUAUAAAGGUAGCCUUCCUUCCACUUGAGAACACCCCCACAUCACACAGAGACGCCGUAGUAUAGUACACUUCAAACUAGCUCAAAUUGAGAUCUCACCUCCGCGCCUGAGAAAUCAGAUUUGGAUCAAGCAGUACUUGCAGUCCCAAACCUCUACCUCGUCAAUAAGCCCAACAACACCUCAAUUUCACGACGGCAAGAUGACUCGCACUCUAAUCGUCUUCGGCUCAGGUCCUGGAAUCGGCAACCACACAGCCGCAAAGUUCGCCUCCAAAGGCAUCGACCACAUCAUCCUUCUCUCUCGCAACACCCAGCGUCUCCAGAACGAAGACGCGCCCUUCGUUGCCCAAGGCAGCUCCUCCGUAAAAGUCGACACUCUUCGCAUUGACUUGUCUGACCUAGACUCCAUCCCAGGAAUCCUGAAGGAACUCGACGGCCGGACACAAGGCGAGGAUGUGGAAGUUGUGUUCUUCAAUGCGGCUCGGAUCAAGCCGAGUGAGCCGCUGGGUGUAGAUGUGAAGGAGAUCGAGGAGGACUUCAAGACGACAAAUCUCGCCCUCUACAUCGUAGCGCAACACUACAUCCCCAAGCUCCAGACACUCGCCAAAUCUAACAAAUCCCUCAAGCCUGCUCUUCUCGUCACCAAUAGCCAUCUCCCUUGGGACCCUGUGCCACAGCUGCUCUCGCUGAGCUUGGUCAAGGCCUCCCAGCGCAACAUGGUACUGAGCUUCAGUCGCGCCUUUACUGGAAGUGGUGUGCACAUCGGACUGAUCCAUGUGGAGGGUGUGGUGGCGCCAGAGAAUAAGGUACUAAAUCCGAAGACGAUUGCGGAGAGGACUGUGGCGUUUUGGGAGGGAGGCAACGGGGUUGAUGUUAACAUCAAGGAGGAGUAA